AUGGAGAGAGCGCUGGCGGUGCCGCGGCUGCCGCCGCACGACCCGGGGACACCGGCGCUGUCGGUGGUGGACAUGCACACGGGCGGCGAGCCCUUGCGCAUCGUGCUGGCGGGGUGUCCGGAAGUGGUCGGCCCCACACUACUGGCCAAGCGGCGCUACAUGCGCCAGCACCUUGACCACCUGCGACGACGGCUCAUGUUCGAGCCACGCGGGCACCGGGACAUGUACGGGGCUGUGUUGGUGCCUAGCGAGUUGCCGGACGCGCACCUGGGCGUCCUGUUCCUGCAUAACGAGGGCUACAGCUCCAUGUGCGGCCACGCAGUGCUGGCGCUGGGCCGCUUCGCAGUCGACUUCGGGCUGGUCCCCGCGCCCCCUGCCGCUGCCCGCGAGGCCCGCGUCAACAUCCACUGCCCGUGCGGGCUGGUGGCCGCCUUCGUGGAAUGUGAGGGCGGCCGCAGUCGCGGCCCUGUGCGCUUCCACAGCGUCCCGGCCUUCGCGCUGGCCACAGAUCUCUUAGUGGAUGUUCCUGGUCGUGGAAAGAUGGUGGUAGACAUUGCAUAUGGCGGGGCGUUUUAUGCAUUUGUUAGUGCUGAAAAGGUAGGACUUGAUGUUUGUUCUGCAAAGACAAGGGACCUUGUGGAUGCAGCAAGUGCAGUGACGGAAGCAGUCAAAGCUCAGUUUAAAAUUAAUCAUCCUGAGAGUGAAGACCUUUCCUUUCUGUAUGGAACUAUAUUAACAGAUGGAAAAGACACUUACAGUGAGGAACCAACCACCAACAUCUGUGUGUUUGCAGAUGAACAGGUUGACAGAAGUCCUACUGGAUCAGGAGUGACAGCUCGAAUUGCCUUACAGUAUCACAAAGGGCUUCUAGAACUGAACCAGACCAGAGCCUUUAAAAGUAGUGCAACCGGCUCAGUAUUCACAGGGAAGGCUGUCAGGGAAGCAAAAUGUGGGGAUUUCAAAGCUGUUAUAGUGGAAGUAUCUGGGCAAGCCCAUUAUACAGGUACAGCAAGUUUUAUAGUGGAAAAUGAUGACCCACUGAGGGAUGGAUUCCUUCUCAAGUGA